AUGUGUCGCUUUGUAAUCUACAAGGGAACUUCGCCUGUCCAGCUGUCUCAUCUUCUGACCAGGCCGUGCCAUUCAAUUAUCAACCAAGCAUUCGAUUCGCGACUUCGUCUUGACCGUCGCAGGCCCAUUAAUGGCGACGGCUUUGGCGUCGGCUGGUACGAUCCAAAUUAUGACCCGGAAUUAGGCACCCAGCCAUGUAUCUUCACUUCGGUCACCCCAGCUUGGAACAAUAUCAACCUCACCCGUUUGGCGGAGAAGAUCAAAUCACCACUGGUUUUCGCGCAUGUCCGCGCUACAACAGCGGGGUCGCUGUCGCUAGAUAAUUGCCAUCCUUUCCAAUACGGCAAGCUGAUGUUCAUGCACAACGGUGCCAUCGCUGAGUGGAGCAGAGUGAAGCGAAAAGUGCAGAACUGCCUACCGGAUUGUGCGUACGACAAUGUGCACGGCAACACUGAUUCUGAGAUGGCGUUUGCUCUCUUCCUUUCUAUGCUACCCAACCCGGAUGCAAAUACUUUCACGCCUCAUGAACUCCAAAAGGCCAUGCUUGAUACCAUUGCGGCCCUCAACGCCUUCGCCAAGGAAGCCGGUGUAACUGAGCCCAGUCUGAUGAAUUUCUGCAUCACUGACGGCGAGUCCGUGGUAGCUACGCGGUACAUCUCUUCCCGAACAGAUGAAGCUGCCUCUCUUUGGUAUUCGUCUGGCACGACAUUUAGCGAAUACGCGGCUGGCGGGAAGUACAAGAUGUCGAAAGCCGACAAGCGCGAGAAUAUCAUUAUGAUCGCAAGUGAACCUCUGACAUUCGAGAAGGCGGACUGGAUGGAAAUACGGACGAACCACAUGGUGGUGAUCACUCCCAAGUUCAAUCUCCUGCAAAUACCGAUACGAGAUGAAUUCUACGUGCCACCGUCAGAUCCCGCUGCGUUGACGCGAGACACCGACUUUGCCUACGGCAAGGGUCUCCUCAGCGUGUCGCGUUCAUGA